CAACUAGCCAUAGCCAUGGAGGAGCAGAGAACACGUUGUGGUCACCAAAAAAGUAGAGAUUGAGAAGCAAAACCAGUGAAAAGUGAAGAGAAAAUUGAGUCGGACUUGAUAAUGUUGGCGGACGGUGGCUCUCGUAUGUCCCAUCGCUUACUGGAGUGUAGUUAUCAUCCCCAUCAGUAUCACUACCUUGGAUUCGGGUUCGGGCUAGGGUUUUGCGGCUCCAAAUUCGUUCAGAUUUCCUCUUCUCUCACGGUGAAAGCUCCCUCCGGAGCGAUUAUUGGUGAAAAUCACCACCAUUGUCGACUGCAUCAGAGAAUGGUUUCUUCUUCGAGCUUACAGUCAAAAUCGCCCGAAGAUACUCCAAUUCUCUCUGAUUGUUUCAGCCAACGAGAAGAUGACCAUGAAGUUCCUUCCGAAGGAUUGUCCCCAGUGGCAGGAGGCGUAGUAGCAUUAGGAAAGUUUGACGCUCUUCACAUUGGCCAUCGAGAACUAGCCAUUCAAGCAUCAAAGGUUGGAGUUCCAUAUCUUCUAUCUUUAGUUGGAAUGGCAGAAGUACUUGGUUGGGAGCCGAGGGCUCCUGUAGUAGCCAAGUGUGAUAGGAAGCGUGUGCUUUCCUCUUGGGCCCCAUACUGCGUUAAUAAUGUAGCCCCAGAUGAAUUCCGAAUCGAAUUUUCAAGCGUUCGACAUCUCACUCCACGGCAAUUUGUUGAGAAGUUGUCAAAGGAGCUUGAAGUGUGUGGGGUCGUGGCAGGUGAAAACUACCGGUUUGGAUACAAAGCUGCUGGUGAUGCAUCUGAACUUGUUAGGCUGUGUGAGGAGUAUGGUAUGGACGCUUACAUUAUAAACUCCGUCAUGGACAAAAAUCAAGACCUAAGAAGCAUGAACUUAAGUGAUCUAAAAGAGAGAGGACAAGUCUCAUCUACCCGAGUUCGCCAUGCUCUAGACAGCGGUGAUAUGAAGUAUGUGUCAGAACUUUUAGGUCGCCCCCAUCGUAUCCUAUUGGCAGCAAAUGACCAUUAUGGAUUUAGGACUUACAAUGAGAGAAGUGUAUUGGUUUCAAAAUGUUGUUUAUUAAAUCUACCUCCAAAGGAUGGGUUUUAUGAGGACUGUUCUCUUUUAUUAGGUGAUGAGAAGUCAGUACCAUGUAGAUUGUGCAUCUAUGAGACACAUAUCCAUUUAGAAGCGGGUGAGGAAGAUAUUCUUGAUCAUUAUAAUAUUCAGGAUUUUCGGUCGUUGGGUAUUGAAUUUGGCUAUGAGAGUUGACUGUGCUUAACUUAUGUCUCCUACACAUUAAUUUGUUUUAGUAUUUCAGCUUCAGGGCUUAGAAAUCAUCCUUGUUUCACAGCAAAUAGAAUACAUUGCUGCAUGACAGGAAUUUUUGUAUUUAUUUUAGAUAUACUAUAUUUGGAUAUUGUACAUCAAUAAAUUACUUUUUUUAUUAUUUAAUUCAAAAAUAUGAU